UGCGCAUGCUGAACUCCUUGGGUCGAUUUGAAGCCAGUAACCAGGCGCGAGUCCGUUUCCAUCGUAUGAGUGUGAAAAGAAAGGCAGCAAGUUUGACGAGAACAUGUCGCGAAUGCAAUGGAAAAAAUGCAUUGGCACCACCCUCAUGCCCAUCGAGCGGGCGAUGGCAGUCCGCGAAAGCACCCAAGCUACCAAUGAGAUCGCUGGCAAGCUCAUGCGCACCGUUGUCUACCAAUCCUGCUCAAAGCAACUCGAAUCCCAGUUCAGCCGUAAGAACGUUAAUGCAUCUCCCAUGACGGAAGCAUCGCUCUCCCGCGGGAUGUGCGACCGUGGCAUCGCAGCUUCACGCUCCAAGAAGGUCUCGCUUGAGUCCGUGCAGGCAACAAUGCGCUGGGUUGGCCAGAGCGCUGCUCACAAGGUCGUUAGCAACUGGGAGCGCAAGAUGGGUGACCUGCAGGAGCACAUUUUCCGACCAGUGGCCAGCCCAGCAACGUUCCGACCCCCUCAUCCACGCAUUCACAUGAGGACACACCCUCGUCGUCUCCGUCUUGGGUCCCAGGAUAACGAGUUUCGCCGCGUCAAACGUUCUUUCGAGUUGACCGACUUCACCAAAGCCCUCGACAAUGUGUACCAGGUCGCCAACGAUUCCCGGCGCACGAAGGAGGAUGCCGCCCGUGCUAGCGACGACACAGCCUUUACUGUGGGCGACAACCCAGAAAGGGACCUAGUCGACUGCUGGGGUUACGGUGGAUAGGUUCACCGUAACAGUCAGUGCCCGGAUAUCACGGAGAAGAAGCGCUUUAGGACGCCUGGUGUCAAAGUCAAGCCCAGCUUCUUCGUCUGCUACUCCGAGAC